AUGUGGGAUCCACUGGAUAAGGAAAGCAGCAUGUAUCACCAAGGAGGGCCUGUAAGACGAUCAAGCAUCAAUCUCCCGCCACAGAAUUUUGUCUCUACGCCACAAUACCCCGACUUUACUGGAUACCAUCAUGUGCCAAACAUGGAUACGCACGCACAGUCUGCAGGGAGUUGGGGACCUACUUAUGGUGCUCCAAGAGAGGACUGGGGGGCAUACAGUCUGGGACCAGCUAAUAGUAGUAUUCCCACACCCAUGAACAACUCUUCUCCUGGACAAGUUUCUUACUGCACGUCCGAAUACAGUCAUAUGCAUGCUCCGGGAUCAUCAGUAUUACAGCCACCGCCGGAGAAUGUCACUGUUGCACAGCUUUCUCCUGACAGAGAAAGGCGCAGUUCCUACCAGUGGAUGAGCAAAACUGUGCAGUCGUCCUCCACUGGUAAAACUAGGACGAAGGAGAAAUACAGGGUGGUGUACACCGAUCACCAGAGAUUGGAGCUGGAAAAGGAGUUUCAUUUCAAUAGAUAUAUCACUAUCAGGAGAAAAUCGGAGCUUGCUGUUAACCUUGGUCUAUCGGAACGACAGGUAAAAAUCUGGUUUCAGAAUCGCAGAGCCAAGGAAAGGAAAUUGAUCAAAAAGAAACUGGGUCAGUCUGACGGCAGCGGGGGGUCCGUGCACAGUGACCCCGGUUCAGUCAGUCCACUUCCGGUGCCCGGGUCGCUCAGUCCGUCAGAUCUUCACAACUCUCUCUACCCACCGCAGGGGAUGAACACCUUGCCGUCUAUCAGGAAUAUACAGCAAGUCACAGUUACUCAGUAAUGUCGCUCUUGGGACCAUCUAUUACUAUAUAAAUAUAUAUCCCAUAACUGAGCACUCCUAUCCACGCUGACGGGACACUUCGUGAACUUCGACGAUAAUGGCGGCUAGAGGAUUAACGCAGACGCGCUGACGUAGCCUACGUGCUGUGGAGGAUUAAGCAGGAUGAUUUAUACAGCGAUGCAAUGCUGGAGGCUCUUGAAAUAUUGUUUUAUAU